AUGUCAGUACCUGCUGGACUUACACAGAAUUUCAUUCGCCUUGUAACAUCACAACAAGCACAAGACUAUGUUACUGACUUGUUAAAACCAAUUAAUGGACAUUUACAAAAUGAUGAACUUAAAAUUUAUUGCACAAUAACAAUGUCUAAAAAACUAACAAAAAAAACUAAUGUAAUUUCGACAUUGGAUCAUGCAAGACAACAACUGAGUGUCAACUGGAAAAAACUUUUGUUAAGUGGACAAUCAGCUGAUGUUACCAUUCUAAUGGGUCAAAAAUCAUUUCCUGCCAUCAAAGGAAUUCUUGCAGUACGUAGUCCUGUGUUUGCUGCAAUGUUUAAUCAUGAACAAUUAAAAGAAAAUCAAAAAAACGAAGUUGUUAUUGAAGAUAUUGAUGAAGAUGUUUUUGAAGAAUUUUUACAUUUCAUUUAUACUGGUGAAUCACCAAAUAUUAACAAAAUGCCGAUGAAACUACUUGCUGUUGCUGAAAAAUACCAAGUGGAUUGCCUUAAAAAUAUUUGUGAAGAAAUAUUAUGCGAAACGAUAAAUUCUGAGAAUGUUGAAAGUAUUCUUGUUUUUUCUGAUAAAUAUAGUCUCAAAAAACUGGAUGAAGAAUGUUUCAAAUUUAUGAAAAAGAAUUUUCGAGGUGUUUUGUCAAAAAAAACACUUUUAAAUUACAGACAAAAAUAUCCUCAAGUUUUUUUAAGAGUUCCUGAGGAGUUGUUGUCAGCAAAACCAGUUAAUUUUUAA